CAUAUAUGGACUGUCUGGCGGUUUGACGUACGGCUACAUCCACCCGGCAAAAGUGGACACGAGACAUCGGUGUGCUCCGGAGACCAGUUUUUCAUUUUCUAGGCUAUCGCAACCAUGCCAUCCGACUUAGCUAAAAAGAAGGCAGCGAAGAAGAAGGAGGCUGCCAAAGGUCGCGGGCGUACCAAGAAAACUGAUGAACUAGAGGAUGGUGAUCAACCAGAGGCCCAGUCCAAUGGAGCACAGAGCAAUGGAAUUGCCAGUUUGACAAAGGAGAUUGAUGAAUUUGAACUGGCAAAGACAGAGGCGAGGGCUGUGACAGGCGUUCUGUCAUCACACCCCAACAGCACUGAUGUCCAUGUUACCAGCCUGUCGCUCACCUUCCAUGGGCAAGAACUGCUCACAGACACCAGCCUGGAGCUCAACUCAGGAAGACGCUAUGGUCUCAUGGGCCUGAAUGGCACAGGAAAAUCCAUGCUGCUGUCUGCCAUUGCCUCUCGUGAGAUCCCCAUUCCAGAGCACAUCGAUAUUUACCACUUGACCCGGGAGAUGCCCACCAGCGAUAAGACUGCUCUGUACUGCGUCAUGGAGGUUGAUGAACAGAGGAUUAUGCUGGAAAGGGAGGCAGAGAGACUUGCCUCUGAGGACUCCGAGUGUGAGAAGCUGAUGGAGCUGUAUGAGCGUCUCGAGGAAUUGGAUGCAGCCAAGGCAGAGGUGCGAGCGUCUCGCAUCCUCCAUGGUUUGGGUUUCACAGCUUCAAUGCAGCAGCAGAAAAUGAAGGACUUCAGUGGAGGAUGGAGGAUGCGAGUUGCUCUGGCCAGAGCCCUGUUCAUCAAACCCUUCAUGCUGUUGCUGGACGAGCCCACCAACCACUUGGAUCUGGAUGCCUGUGUGUGGUUGGAGGCGGAGCUCAGUUCGUUCAAGAGAAUCCUUGUGCUCAUCUCACACUCCCAAGACUUCCUGAACGGCGUGUGCACCAACAUCAUCAACCUGCAUUUGAAAAAGCUGAAGAACUAUACGGGUAACUAUGACCAGUAUGUAAAGACCAGAGAGGAGCUGGAAGAACACCAGAUGAAGCGCUUCAACUGGGAACAGGACCAGAUCACACACAUGAAGAAUUACAUUGCCAGGUUCGGUCACGGCUCUGCAAAGCUGGCUCGACAGGCUCAGAGCAAAGAGAAGACCCUGCAGAAGAUGGUGGCCUCAGGCUUGACUGAAAAAGUUUCAAAUGACAAGACUCUCACAUUUUGUUUUCCUCCGUGUGGGAAGAUUCCUCCUCCCGUUAUCAUGGUUCAGAAUGUGAGCUUCAAAUACAGUGACAAUGCACCGCACAUAUAUACAAACCUGGAGUUUGGUAUUGACUUGGAUACGCGAGUGGCUCUCGUGGGGCCCAAUGGAGCAGGAAAGUCUACACUGCUGAAGCUGCUGAUGGGAGAGCUUCUUCCCACCGAUGGCAUGAUCCGUAAACAUUCUCACGUGAAGAUCGGCAGAUAUCACCAGCAUCUGACAGAGCAGCUGGAGCUAGACCUGUCUCCUUUGGACUACAUGAUGAAAUGUUACCCUGCUUACAAAGACAGGGAGGAGAUGAGGAAGCUCAUUGGUCGCUACGGGUUGACAGGAAAACAGCAGGUCAGCCCAAUCAGGAACUUGUCCGAUGGUCAGAAGUGCCGGGUGUGUUUUGCCUGGCUGGCCCAGCAGACCCCUCACAUGCUGUUCCUUGACGAGCCCACCAAUCACUUGGAUAUCGAGACUAUCGACGCAUUGGCAGACGCCAUCAACGACUUUGAAGGCGGCAUGAUGCUAGUUAGCCACGACUUCAGGCUAAUUCAGCAGGUGGCUAAAGAGAUCUGGGUGUGUGAGAAGCAAACCAUCACAAAGUGGAAUAGGGACAUCCUGGCCUACAAGGAGCACUUGAAAAAUAAGAUCCAAAAGCAGGCGGUGCAUGACAUCUAAAGAAAAGUCCCUCAGACGCACUCCUUUAUCUCAUCAUGGAUUUGACCUGCAGGCUCCUGAAGGAAAAGGCAGGAUUUACAUUGGAAGGAAAUGUCAUAAACUAGAACUGAACCAAUCUCUUAUGCAUCUUAUUGGACAUGUCUCUUGUACAUGUUGUACUGUAUUUCCAUCUCGGUCCAAACACCCCCUCCCUCCCCAUCCCCCUGCACUCUGAUUGGCUGAUUCACCUGAAGCAUCUCAGUGCAUUUUGGAAUGCAUUCCAUUGUGCUGUCUUCAUAGAAAAGUUUUAUUUUUCCGAAAUGUUCUGUUUUAUCCCAACAUGUAUGCAGCAGCUUUUUAGGUCAUAUUAUGAUAUUUCAAAGUUGACUUUUUUUUCCUGUCUAAAAGAGCAGUUCUGCCUUAUUUAACAAUGUAAUGCAAUAAAGGUUUGCCUGAAUAAACGGAACAUAAAAACAGCA